AUGACACCAGAUAUUCCACUACCCCCUCAACCUGUAUUUACACAACUCAAUAAUAGCAACAUUAAAAGUGAUAUAGUAAAAAAAGAAUCGGAACCUAAUAAUAGCAACAUUAAAAGCGAUAUAUUAAAAAAAGAACCGGAACUUAAUAAUAGCAACAUUAAAAGUGAUAUAGUAAAAAAAGAACCGGAACCUAAUAGUAGCAACAUUAAAAGUGAUAUAGUAAAAAAAGAACCGGAACCUGAUAAUAGCAACAUUAAAAGUGAUAUAGUAAAAAAAGAACCGGAACCUAAUAAUAGCAACAUUAAAAGUGACGUGGCCAAAAAAGAAACAGUAAUUAUUUCCGUAGUCUCUACCCCUCCAAUAGCUAUCCAGAAACUAAAAAAUGAAAAUUGGUCCAAAAAAGAAAUAAAACCUACAAAAUCACUUGAUCUAGAACAUCAACGUAGAGAUGUUGAAUACAUUUUGAACUUAACGAAACCUUUAUGUACAAAUAACAAAGAGAAAAAUAUACUAAAUGAUGCGGAACUGACAAAGGAUAUGGUCAUAAACUCCAUCGACAGUCUUAUACUCGAUUUGACAAAUGACGAUAAAGUGGAUUUGAAAAUGUCUCAACGGCCAGAGGUACAAAAAACCCAUAGAGAAGGCGUUCGAAUGAAUACUACAGCUUUAAGAAGAGAAAUGCAUAUUAAAAACAAUAAAGAUAUAAUAUCUACACAAUCUCAUGAUCUGGAGGAUCAACGUGAAGAAGUGGUGUUGGUAACGGAGAAUUUUGAAUCAGAUUUGAACCUAAUUAAACCUUUAGACACAAUUAACGUCAAAGAGAAAAACAUACCGAAUGAUAUGGAACCGACAAAGGAUCUGAUUAUAAGAAAUAUGUCUGAUACUGAUUCAGAGUUAUCAACAGAUAAUAACAAUAUGUCUCAUUUUUUCAACCAAUAUUUGGGUACUCCUCGGGAAUUCGAUUAUGAACUCCGUAGUAUUGAAAGUCCAACUUUUGAUAUAGAUAAUUCUUCAGGAAGUGAAUAUAAUUUAAUAAAUCCUACGGAUUCUUCAUCUAGUGAUAUUGAAACAUUAUUUAACACCUCCUCAGAAGAUUUAGAUAGUUCAGACGAUGACUCAUCUCAUAGUUCAAGAAAUUCACAUGUAUUUAGAUCAUUUAAACAAAAACAAUUAAGUUUUUUUUUUAGAGAAAUCGGCCAGUAUAACACCCGUGCUCAGUGGGGUUAUAAGUUCUAUCAAUCAGCGGUUGCUGUACAUAAACUCAAAUUGAGUAAACUCUUAACAAACCAUGAAGGAUAUGUAAAUUCACUAGACUUUAAUAAAACCGGUAACAUAAUAGCAAGUGGAUCAGAUGAUUCAAAUAUAUGUUUAUGGGAUUGGUCAAAUGAUAAAUGUUUACUCAAUUUUAAUAGUAUACAUUCUAGAAUUAUAACUAAAUUUCUCACCACACAUGGAGAUGCCCACAUUGUAUCAAGUGGACGAGAUGGCUUAGUUGUAAUGUCUAUUUUAAGUGAAGCUGAUGUUCUAUAUUGUAAAAUAAUAGGACGCCAUGGUAUCUCUUGCAACAAAAUUUGUCUACAUCACGAAACACCAUAUGUAAUUCUCAGUUGUGGAUAUGAUGGAAUUGUUAAAAAUUUAGAUAUUCGUGAAUCUCCUAUUAACGAAAAUGAAAGAAUUACCAAUAUACUACAUAUCAAAAAUAUUCAUGGUUCUACUGUGCGUCUAUAUGGUAUUGACAUUAAUCCUCUGAAGCCAUAUGAGUUUAUUGUAAAUGGUAAUGAUGAAUAUGUAAGAAUGUACGACAAAAGACAACUAACCAUGGAGCCAAUUAAAGUAUUCUACCGUGAGCUUAAGAAUACCAAAACAAUUAAAACUGAUAAUAUUGCUACUAGUAUUAAUAGAACUGAUGAUAGUGAUACUAAUGACACUGAUAAUAAUGAUCUUGAUGGCACUGAACAUAGUGAUGUUUAUGUCACUGACAAUUAUGAGAUUGAAGAGUAUUUAAGUUCAGUAUCAAAUCCUCACUAUUCAAGACAGAUUACAUCUGCUGUGUACAGUUAUUGUGGAACUGAAAUUUUAGCUUCUUAUAGUGGAGAUGACAUUUAUCUAUUUGAUGCUAAUGGUCGAUCAAAUUCCAUACUACACAAUUAUAGUGGCCAUAUAAAUAGAAUGACUGCCAAAGGUGUCAAUUUCUAUGGACCAAGAAGUGAUUACGUGAUAUCUGGAUCAGACUGUGGAUAUAUGUUUAUAUGGGAUAAAAAAACUGAAGCUAUUGUUCAAAGAAAACGUGCUGGUAGAAAAGGAACUGUUAAUGUAUUGGAAGGACAUCCACAUAUGCCAACCCUGGCAACUAGUGGUUUAGAUCAGACUAUUAAAAUAUGGGAACCUUCAAAUAUAUCUCAUCAGCCGAAUAAAAAAAAGCUCAGAUUGGCAAAAUGAUGUACCUAUACAGGGCAUAACAGGAAGACCUGACAAA